AUGAUUCCUCUAGAAAGUAAAGAAAAAAAUUUGUUAACUUCGUAAUCCAAAAACUCAGAUAAGGAGCUAUUUUUUGUAGAACAUUUUAUAAGGCUCUAGGAAGGAACUUGCAUUCUUUUUAGAGAUAAAAUUGGCAUUUAAAGCCAACAAAAUGUCAACUUACUCAUAAACGGGUAUCCUUCAGCAUUUGGAUUCGAUAUUGAAUAGCCUGAGGAAAAAUAAAUUAAGGAAGAAGACGAAGUCAUGCUAUAAGAUGAUUUACAACUAGCACUGACUACAAUUCUAUUAGACUAAAAUGAAUUCAUUCAAUUUUUAAAAGGUAAGAUUCCAUAAAUCCCCCAUUUACCGAUGUCAAUUUACAGUGCAAUAAUUACUGAGGAAAAAUGA